AUGAGCGCAGCGUGGGCAGGAUUCUCUCCUCCUUCACGUUUCUGUCGCUUCACCACACCUUCAACCAGGACUUCUUGGACAUUCCCGAGACGGAGCUUUUCGAAGUGUUCCAGCACCACAGGCGCGGUUUGGUGCGAUGGUUCGAGAAGCAGCGCAAGGGCAAGGAGUAUGGCCGCUUCAAUCGUGUCCUGCAGGAGGUUCACCAACAGUUCUCGACCAUCGACUCCUCAAGUGCGGUGGAUACCUCCCACUUCGAAUGGGGCUGCGUGA